AUGAAAAUACUAAGCUACCUGACAAAAGCUCCAAAGCUAUUGCAAUAAAUCAAUCCAUAGAUACCAGAGCAGUAAUUGCUCUAGGAAACUUAUGUUGAUGAAUAAGAGCUACUUUGCAAUGCUAGAGCGCUUGCAUCAAUUAGAGAACUACAGAAAGAUAGAUCAUCUAAAUUUAAAAUCAUUCAAGAAAAGCUAUACCCUAGUGGACUGAAUGAUUGCGACCUCUAGGAAUAUGUUUCUUUAUUUGAGAAUGGUAAGCAGAAUUCAGCAUACAUGAAUGAUUUGAAUCUAGGAAAUAAAAAUAUCUAUGAUGUAAACAUAGAUGAACUGAGAAAGUAUGUUGAUGAUGUGAGUAGAAAAUCAGAUAACUUCUAGGACUUCAAGCAUUAUCUAAAUGAAGUUAUCGAUCCUACUAUUCUAAUUGAAAGUCAUGAUGACUAUAUGCCCCCAGAUGCCUUUAUUAGAGAACAAAAGAUACAGAUCUAGACAUAGAAGCACAAAUCAAAUGUUCUUAAUGAAAAUAAGAAUAUUUCAUGCCAUGUCAAAUUCAGCCCGUCGAUUGAAGACUUUAAUUUACUAAGAGAUCAUCUUAUCAAAUAAUAUCCCCAACUUAUCAUUCCAACAAUACCCUUGUUCCAAGUUAAGAUUGGCGAGCCAAGUGAUAGGAAAAAAGCUAAGAUAUGCAAAGCGUUAGAAAGAUUUCUGUAUCAAAUAUUAUCCUUGCAAUUAAUGAGAGCUGAUAAUAUUGUUUUGGAAUUUCUAAGAGAAAGAGAUCAAGAAGUCAUAUAGCAGCUUUUCCUAUAAACUUAACAGGUAUAAGGUCCUUAGCUAUUCAAAGAUUUGAGAGUCUUGAAUGGAACAAUAGAAUUAGGUUUGAACUAGAAAAUAUAAUAUGAUAAUGUGAAACUAGCUUAAUUCAUUGACCAGUCUAAAUACAUUAAUGAUUUUCUAAAAGCUAAUUCACAGAAGCUGGCCAAUGAUUACUUUGACAUAGCGAUUGAAAUGAGAAGGUUGUCUUUGAUGAAUUCAGUGACGAACUUUUCUAAAAUGAAAGACAUGAUGAUUCAGUUUUCAAGGAUAAUGGACUAGAUAGGCUAAAGUAUCGUUUAGAAUAAAGCUAUUAUCACUGACUAAAUAAAACCUUUAAUUAAGAGCAGUUAUGAGGAGUCAAGUGCAUUAUAAGAAUACAGAUUAAUGAUAGAGUAGUUAUAGCGAACAUACGACACUAAUUUUAAUGACUUAUAAUGGAGGAAGGGUCAUUACCUAAAAACAGGAACUGUUUCGCAAUGGAGACUAGACCCUGAUGUCGUUCCUGAACUAGUUCUUGCUUGCAAGACUGAUGAAGAGGCGUAUCAGUAUUUGCUUCCAGCUCUUGAUUACUAUAAGUAGAAGUUUGCCAAAGAAUUGAAGAGAUUUACCUGGGUCAACUAUCAACUUGAUAGUUCUUAUAUACUUUCAGCAACUGAUUUAAUGCUAAUGACUUAAUCGAAAUUAACUGAAAGAUUAAAGGAAAGCAGUCAAAAGAUUCAAGAGAUCCAUUUAACAAGCAGUUAGAGUAAUGGCCCUAAGAAUACAAUUACUUCAAACUUUCAAAAUAAACUUAAGAAUACUAUAAUGGGUUGUUGUUAAAGCGAGCAUCCAAUGAACAGUGACUUCAAGAGUGAGAUAGUCACAUUUGAUAAGAAGGAGGAUCACUCUCUGAUAUUUGAGGAUAAUUUCUACCUAGACUCUGUUGAGAGAUACAAUGUCAAGUACAAGCCACCUGCUGCUCAAAAGCAAUAGAGCAAUGUCCACAAUAGUAAUCAGAAUAUUAAUGCUAAUAAUGGCACUACUCCUGGGAAUAAUGCAAAUAUCAAUGGAGGGAGUGGGGCUUCAGCUGAAAUGAUGUUAAUGGAGCAAAUGGAAAAAGACAAGCUCAAAAAGCAAGCGAAGCAGAAUUAAUGA